AUGAAUAAAUUACAAUCAUUUCUCACAAGAGGCUAAGAUUUCUGGUAGAAAUUCUAUGAAAAGAAAGGAAAGAAAGGAGUCGCAUAAGUGGCAGCUUUGGGUUUGGGAUUGUUGUAUCUUCAGUAUCAAGUACGAAAGCACAAUGGAUGGUUGAAGAAGAAGAGUGUAGUUAAUGAACAUAUCUUUAUUACUGGAGGAGCAAGUGGUAUUGGAAAAAAUAUGGCAUUGAGAUUUGCUAGAUUAGGAGCAAAAAUAUCCAUUGUGGAUGUGAAUGAGGAUGCAUUAAAUUAGGUUGUGGGUUAGAUAAAUAGUCUUCAUGGUGAAAAGGCUGCAUUUGGAGUGAAAUGUGAUGUCAGUGAUCCUUAAUCUGUUAAAAAUGCUAUUAAAAAGUGCAUUGAUUUUCAUUAGAAAAAGAUAGAUAUUUUGAUAAAUAAUGCUGGAGUUGUGAGUGGGAAACAAAUUCUAGAAAAUACAGAUGCUGGUAUUGCUAGAACAAUGAAUAUUAACACAACUGCCCACCAUUGGACUGUGAGGGAAGUGUUAGGAGAUAUGAUUGCCAAUAAACAUGGUCACAUUGUAACCAUAGCUUCAAUUGCAGGUUGGGUUGGAGUCAGAGGAUUGGCCGAUUAUUGUGCUUCCAAAUUCGGUGCUGUUGGAUUCGAUGAAUCCCUUAGAUUUGAAUUAAGAGCAACUAAAUCUAAUGUCAAAACCACUUGCAUCUGUCCAUAUUUCAUCAAUACAGGAAUGUUUGAUGGAGCCAAAUCAAAAUUCCCUCUUCUAUUCCCAAUUCUAUCUGAAAAUUACGCUACCACAAGAAUAGUAAAUGCAGUGCUCUAAGAUGAAACAGUUGUGAUUAUGCCAAUUAUUCUAAAUUUAUCCAUUAUGGUUAAAGCAAUAUUCCCAACAUGCAUCUAUGACAAUAUGAUGGAACUCUUUGGAGUCAGUGAAUCUAUGGAUCAUUUCAAAGGCAGACAAUAAUGA